AUGUCUAGGUCCGCCCCCGCACUCAGGCAGUUGGUCAACGUCUCCAACAAUAAUACAGUUUCGGCUAUUCACUCGACCCAUCGACGGGUUUUCAAUAGCUCCGCGAGGAGCUGCAAUGUAAUUUCUCGUGCAAAGCCAUGCUUAUUGCCGGAAUUUUCCCUCAGGGAUAAAGUAGUGGUUGUGUCCGGUGGCGCUCAAGGACUGGGACUUGUGCUGGCUGAGGCUCUGCUCGAGGCCGGCGCAACAGUUCACGCCAUUGAUAGACUUCCCUCUCCUGCCAAUGAUCUCAGUUCAACAUUCUCUAGCAUCUCCAAGAGAGCAAAGGACGAGCUUGGCACUUUUCUAACCUACCAUCAAGCAGAUGUCAGGGAUGUCUCAGUUCUAAACCAAAUCAUGGAAAACAUCACCAACCAGUCCAGUCGCCUGGACGGGCUUAUUGCUGCCGCAGGCAUCAACCAAGAGACCCAGGCUCUGGAACACACCGCCGACGUGGCCAACCGUAUAUUGGGGAUUAAUGUCACAGGCGUCUUCAUGACGGCACAGGCAGCCGCUCGUCAAAUGGUUCGCCUCAAGAAGCCAGGCAGCAUUUGCCUCGUCGCAAGCAUGAGUGGUACCAUCGCCAAUAAGGGCAUGUACGCACCUGCGUACAAUGCGUCCAAGGCAGCCGUCAUACAGUUGUGCAGGAGUCUGGCGGCGGAAUGGGGCCAGCACGGUAUCCGGGUGAACUCGCUCUCUCCAGGCUACAUUAUGACCGAGAUGCUGCAAAAUCUUUUUGACGGCUUCCCUGAGCGCAAGACCCUAUGGCCAACAGAAAACAUGCUCAGCCGCCUGAGUAUGCCGCAUGAGUAUCGUGGUGCAGCUGUGUUUUUGCUGAGUGAUGCUAGCAGUUUCAUGACAGGUAGCGACCUUCGUAUCGACGGAGGCCAUGCGGCUUGGUGA